GUAGUUACGCUUACCUCGCAAUUCUCAGACCAUUCAGAAAGUUGGCAAGACAAACUCUCAAGAGCAGCCGCAAGAAGAAUAUAGCCAACAAAACAUUUCAGUGUCGUUGGAUUACAUUGAAAAUCUCUUGGAUAACAUGCAAUCUACAGUUUUUACCAUCUUGUUUGUCAAAGUAUGUUUAACUUUACAUGGAAUUACAGCAGUGUUAGCCAAACUUCCAAGUCCCAGUAACAUCAGGAUUAACUCUGUCAACAUGGGACUAGUGUUGGAGUGGGAUGCACCUCAGAACCACACAGAAAACAUAACCUACAGCGCAGAGUACAGGGGCUUGGUCAGCAGCUAUGAAGUUGUAUGUUGGAACACAACAGCCCAAAGCUGCGACUUCACCAGUCAUCUAAACAAAUUUGGAGUGUACAUUUUCCAAGUGAGGGCAGAACGAGAGGGGGACACAUCUCGCUGGAUGAAGACUGAGUGGUUUGUCAUGGAUGAACACACCACGCUAGGCCCUCCCGGUGUGACUCUUGUCUCCAGUGGUGCUGUCAUUGAAGUGAGCAUCAACGACCCAGUGCUCAGGAUCUCUGAGUUCAAAGACGUAUACAACCACGCAAACUUUAACAUCACCUACUGGAAAGAGGGUCAGGAGGAGAAGGACAAAAAUACAAAAUGCACCCCACUUCGUAAAGUGGUCUUGGCGCUGGAGCCAUGGACCAGGUACUGUGUUCAGGUCUGGGUGUACACCCAGAGGUUCUCCAAACACAGCCAGCCCAGCAAUGUUACAUGUGAGAGCACCGCGAAGGGCAAUGACAGGCCUUGGGUGGCAGCGCUGGUGACGUUUGUGGUGAUGGCUGUGGCAGUGGCCCUGCUGGCCCUGGCCUUCUGGUACUGCUACAGGGUGGUCCGCUUCCUCAGACCCAAGGCCAAGCUGCCUGAACAUUUCACAGAGUAGCUGUUGGAUCCCCCAUGCUCCUCCAUCCUGGCCAUACAGAGCAGCCCCCAGCCUGAGGAGGUGUACCAUGAGCUCCGCGUCAUGCCAGGUGGGGCAUAGACAAAGGAGAGCUCAAUCUGUUGGUCGGAAGAACGUAAUACACACAGACUGGGAGAAAACACACAGACCGUCUGGCUGUGUUCGAGAGUAUCAAAACUGUGAAUUGAGACUGACUGACAGAUCUACAAAUAAUAUUGAAAAGUUAUUUACGUUGCAAGGUGAUUUGUUGAUCAGUCAUUCUCGACUCGCCUUUAAAGUCGGCUGCAAUGUCGAACACGACCAAAGUGGGUGGGGAAGAUAUGGGUCAAAAAUAGGAAGUGAGUAGUCCGAUGUGAAGUAAGAAAAGAGAACAAGGACUGAAAUAGAUGGCAGAAAAGAGGACGUGUAUCUUAUUGAGAAUUGAGAAAUAAUAUUCUGACAUCUGGGAUUUAGUGAUUUUUAUUAAUGUUGAUGAAAUGCUAAGAGAGCUACUUACUGUGAUGUGUUUAUUUAUGUGACCUUUAUGUGUAUGAUAAUGAUCAAUAUUGCCUAUCAUUCAUUAUGGCCAUGCAUGGUAAGCCUACACUGGCAUUUUUUGGGGAAUCAUGGCUAUAGGGCAACGGACCAGGAAGGGAGUAUUACAUGGUCUGUGUUUAUGCCUUGAUGCACUCUGUGUUUGUUCCUAUAUGUCUCUGUGUGACUCUGUGUUUGUGCCUAUAUGUCUCUGUGUGACUCUGUGUUUGUGCCUAUAUGUCUCUGUGUGACUGUGUGUUUGUGCCUAUAUGUCUCUGUGUGACUGUGUGUUUGUGCCUAUAUGUCUCUGUGUGACUGUGUGUUUGUGCCUAUAUGUCUCUGUGUGACUCUGUGUUUGUGCCUAUAUGUCUCUGUGUGACUCUGUGUUUGUGCCUAUAUGUCUCUGUGUGACUCUGUGUUUGUGCCUAUAUGUCUCUGUGUGACUCUGUGUUUGUGCCUAUAUGUCUCUGUGUGACUCUGUGUUUGUGCCUAUAUGUCUCUGUGUGACUCUGUGUUUGUGCCUAUAUGUCUCUGUGUGACUCUGUGUUUGUGCCUAUAUGUCUCUGUGUGACUCUGUGUUUGUGCCUAUAUGUCUCUGUGUGACUCUGUGUUUGUGCCUAUAUGUCUCUGUGUGACUCUGUGUUUGUGCCUAUAUGUCUCUGUGUGACUCUGUGUUUGUGCCUAUAUGUCUCUGUGUGACUCUGUGUUUGUGCCUAUAUGUCUCUGUGUGACUCUGUGUUUGUGCCUAUAUGUCUCUGUGUUUGUGCCUAUAUGUCUCUGUGUUUGUGCCUAUAUGUCUCUGUGUUUGUGCCUAUAUGUCUCUGUGUUUGUGCCUAUAUGUCUCUGUGUGACUCUGUGCUUGUUCCUAUAUGUCUCUGUGUGACUGUGUUUGUGAAGGAUAUUAAAGGACCAAUGCAGCCAUUUUUAUCUAAAUAUCAAAUCAUUUAUGAGUAACAAUGAGAGUAAGGUACUUCAAUUAAAAUAGUUAAAAGGAAACAAAUAGCUUUUUAUCAAAUAGCAACUUCUUAAUCAAGACAUUUGCUAGGACUGUCUGGGAGUGCUUUAGGCAAAAACAGAAAAUGAACCGUUAUUGGCAGAGAGGUUUGGAACUCUUUCUUAUUGGUCUAUUAACUAAUUUACCACAUGGUGAUGUUACCAUGGAAGGCCAAAACUCCAUCCUACAUAAAAAGGCUGAAAUUUCAGACGGUCUUUUCAAACAGCUCUUAUACUUAAAGGACAUUAAUAUAAUUUUCAUAUUUUCACAGUAUUAUUCCAAGCUCAUAGUGUGGAAAUUUAAAACACAGGUAACUCACGUUUUUGACUGCAUUGGCCCUUUAACAUUGGCCCUUUAACAGUUGAAGGUACUCUAUUAGCACUUGGAAGAUGUCGUUUGACAUUUGAAGUCAUGUUUUAUAGACUUUUUACCAUUUUAUAUAUAUUUUUUUAUUUUACCUUUAUUUAACCAGGCAAGUCAGUUAAGAACAAAUUCUUAUAUUCAAUGACGGCCUAUUGCGGGAGACCACACACACAAACAAGUAAAAAAUGUGCCCAACAGUUAAAAAUGACUUGCCAAGGGAAUAAAUAUAUAUUUUUAAAUGCUCAUAAA